AUGAAGCCGCGUCCAAGCCUGGAUUUGGCUGGCACCGCUGAAUUCCUGAAGUCCGGUGCAUGCAAGUCUGUCUAUGUCCUGACAGGAGCAGGUGCCUCGACAGGCGCAGGUAUCCCAGAUUUCCGCUCUCCGGGAGGCAUGUACGACUCCUUGCGGCCAGAGCUUAUCACUGCUACGGAGGCGCAACGCAAGCGCAUGCGCAUGGACCCAGUCAAUGUCGUCAUGAAGGACAUGUUUUUUCAGAACCAAUUCCCUUACCUCGAGGUUCGAAGGCCUUUCAUCCUGGGCACGCAACAGCAGCAGUGGAAAGCAACAUUGACACACUGGUUCAUGCGAUUUCUGGAAGAGGAGGGCUUGUUGAAGCGCUUGUUCACUCAAAACAUUGACGGCUUGGACUAUCAAACUGGCAUCUCGCCGGAACUUGUCACAAACGUCCACGGAAGCUUGGCCCGAGUGUCAUGUGAAGGGUGUGGCUAUGAGAUGCCGUUUGAUGACUUCUGCGCACAAGUCCGCACGAAUGUGAAGGACAUUUAUCGCACAGACCCCACUGCGCCUGCAGAGUCUUCUAACAUAAAUUGUCCACGGUGCAACGCCCCACUUGUGAAACCAAAUACUGUUCUUUUUGGCAGCUCGCUCCCGUCAGAGUUCUUCGAGCAACUCGAUGAUUUGAAUGGGGCAGAUCUACUGAUCGUAGCAGGCACUUCCCUGGUCGUGUCGCCGGCCAAUUCCGUGGUGAUGUACGUGGCAAAGGACUGCUUGAGACUGAUUGUCAACAAGGAGCCGGUUGGCCAAGAUCUGGGCAUCCGAUAUGGCAAGGAUGCUACUCGGGACGUUUGGGCUGGCGAGGUCUCUUGUGAUGAAGCUUUUCUCGAUCUCAUUAAAAUGCUGGGAUGGCAGGACAAGGUCCGCAAAAUCAAGCAUCUCUUGCCUGAGAGCAAUCAAGCGAUGGUGAAGGACUUAUGA